AUGGGUUACGACUACGCGCUGGUGCAUGUCAAGUACACCAUCCCUUUGGCGGCCCUGCUCACCGUCCUCUCAUACCCCGUCUUCACGCGUCUCGAUGUUGUGAGAACCCUCUUCAUCGUCACAAUCGCUUUUGUGGCCACCAUCCCCUGGGACUCCUACCUCAUCAGAACCAAUAUCUGGACCUAUCCUCCUGAUGCCGUACUGGGGCCGACUCUCGUCGACAUCCCUAUAGAGGAGCUGUUCUUCUUCGUCAUCCAGACCUAUAUCACCGCCCAGCUCUACAUCAUCCUCAACAAGCCCGUCCUCCACGCCCAGCACCUCAACUCGCCUGCCACCUUGCCGCAAUGGAUCAAGGGUGGAAAGGUCGUCGGCCAGCUCGCGCUCUUCAGCAGCGUCAUCUUGGGCGCCUGGCUCAUUGCCAAAGAGGGUGAGGGCACCUACUUGGGUCUGAUCCUGGUGUGGGCGUGCUCCUUUGCCCUCUUCACCUGGACCAUCACCGCGCAUUUCAUCUUGGCCCUGCCAUUGGCAUGCACCGCCUUGCCCAUCCUCUUGCCCACUGUCUACCUCUGGGUUGUUGACGAGAUGGCGUUGGGCCGCGGCACCUGGGCCAUUGAAAGCGGUACCAAGCUCGAGCUGAGGCUCUUCGGCAGUCUCGAGAUCGAAGAGGCUUCUUUCUUCCUCGUCACCAACAUGCUCAUUGUCUUUGGCCUCGCCGCCUUUGACAAGGCCGUUGCCGUCUGCGACGCUUUCCCCGACAAGUUCGACAAGCCGGCCGACGCAUUGUCCAUGUCGCUGCUGCGCGCUCGCGUCUUUCCCUCCUCGAAGUAUGACAUGCAGCGUAUCUUGGGCAUCCGCCAAGCCGUGGCCAGGUUGGCCAAGAAGAGCCGAAGCUUCCACCUUGCCAGCUCCGUCUUUCCCGGUCGCCUACGCAUUGAUCUGACUCUGCUAUCAUUCGUUAGCUACUCCUACUGCCGUCUGGCCGAUGACCUCGUCGACGACGCCGAAAGCUCCGAAGAGGCCGCCGCCUGGAUCUCCAAGCUCGACCGCCACCUCAGCCUCCUUUACAAAGACCCCGACGCCGUCUCGGCGCCCCUCGCCGCCAAAUACGCCGCCGAGAACUUCCCGGCUUCCGCUCUGUCGGCACUCGACAUGCUACCGGCCUCUCUGCUCCCGCGCGAGCCCCUCGCCGAGCUCCUCAAGGGUUUCGAGAUGGAUCUCUCCUUUGACAGCUCCACCUUCCCCAUCACCGACCCGGAAGACCUCGAGCUCUAUGCAGCCCGCGUUGCCAGCACUGUCGGCCAGGCCUGCCUCGAGCUCGUUUUCCGCCACUGCCACCACGGCUUGCCCGACUACAUGCAGGCGUACCUCCGCAACACGGCGCGCCAGAUGGGACUCGCGCUGCAAUUCGUCAACAUUGCGCGCGACGUCGCCGUCGACGCAAAGAUCGGCCGCGUCUACCUCCCGACAAUGUGGCUUAAGGAGGAGGGCCUGACCUCGGAAGAUGUCCUCAGUAACCCCACCAGCGAGGGCGUCGAAAAGGUGCGCCGCAGGAUCCUCGCCAAGGCGUUCGACCACUACGCCGAGGCCAGGGACUCGAUGAAGUGGAUUCCUUCCGAGGCGCGCGGCCCCAUGGUCGUCGCCGUCGAGAGCUACAUGGAGAUUGGCCGGGUUCUGAUGCGCAACGGCGGCGCCGCGGCGGAUGGUAGCGGCCGGGCCACGGUGCCCAAGUCGAGACGCAUCUGGGUCGCCUGGAGCACGUUGAUGGCUUCUUAG